AUGAGUCUACAAAGUAAUAAAUAAAGACACGUAUGUUAUCAUGCAUAUGACACUACCCAUUACCAAGAUAGUAACACUCUCCACUAUGACCAACCUAAGGUGUUUGGGCGUGUCCUACGGAAAGGGCUGGUUGGCCCAUGUUCCUCCUCCCCUGAACAUAUCGCCGGCGGCCUUGUCCGUCAGAGCUGGCGUCGUGGGGUGGGGUCGCCCCUCCACGUCUCGUCGGCGGCGACGCACUCCUCCGCCCUCCCGACGGCCCUGAGUUCUGCCGCCGCCGAACCAAUACACCGCAGCGGCAGCACUCACAAAGAUGGUGCCGCCGGCCGAGUGGAUCCCUACCUCGACCCGUGCUGCGAAUCGGUCUGCCCUCUUCUGUUUGCUCACUGUUGCAGCUUAUGUGUUUCCAUCGGCUCUGCAUUUCAGUUAUCCAUCAUCAGUUAGUUUCUUGAUGAGGUGCGAGAUGCUAGAAACCUGAAAUCGAUUUGCCCCCUUCCUUUGAGCUCCACCUCCUAAACCUGGAGUAAUCAGUGUUAGGGUAGGGGUACAUCGGUCUUGCCUUUUGUCAUGCUCAGAUCUAUCACUUCCAGUUGUAGAAAUCAUCAGAUCUGAACGCACAACUUAGCAGAGGCACGCAUCGUGCACAUUGCUUGCUAGAACUAGCUGUAGAGUUUCCUUGGCGCUAUGCUACAGGAACUACAUGCCAAGGAGAAGUUGGUGUUUUUGUAGCACCUGCCUAACCAUCCAUGUGCGUACAACCAAUGCUGCAUAUCAAGAUUCAGUAACAGGCUCUGAUUACAGGGGGUUGUUUUUUGUUGCGAGUGGUUUGCAUUUUGCAUAAAGUUUCUACCAGUUUGUGAAUCAUUUUCUGAUUUAUAUAAAAAAGCUAAGCAUGUCAACCUCACGCUACAUUAGAGAGAGUGAAGCCUUGUAAUGGCGCUCUUAUAAAUGCCAAAGCUUUAAACGGAGAUAUCGGCCACAUUCCGCAACAUAACUAGCAGGGCUACAAUUUGGCCCCGUGAGCACGCUACCUACUGCAAUGGCGAUGCAAGUUGAAAUCCAAAUUUCGAUGCUCUACUUCAGAGUUUUCUUCAGUUCGAAUGGCUUGAAAGACACAAAAGUUUUUCAGUUAGCAUGAAGACCCCACAAUGAACAGACAUCGUUGCAACCUUUUAUCUUUAUAUCUUUAAAUCCUGCAGCUAGCCAGCUGCAAGCAAAGAACUGAUUUCUAUCUUUAGCUAAAGCAAAAGGUAAUCCUGGCAUGGAUUGAGAAUACGGAAAAGGAGAAGGCAAGGAAUAGAGCCCACUUGCUUCUACUCUGUCUAAGGCAUUUGUGUGUAAGCACAAGAAAGAAGCACCUCACGAGGUUAUCCAUUCCUAGCAUGUAGCACCUCUUUUUUUUUGCUCUCCUAUCCAGCCAGCUUGUAGUGGCACCUGAACGAUCUACUUGGCUUCUAUCAACCAGCAGAUUCUUUAUAUAGUACCAUUUCUUCACUUAACCAAGGCAGGAAGUCAACAACUGAUUGACAAAUGAGCAUGGAGAUUGCUGAAGAGUGAGUGGUCGAUCUUGAGCCCAAAAAUGACUUCAUCUAGAGGCUAGAGACCGACAGAUCUGGUCAAUUCAUCAUGCGUACAGAGGUUAUUAAGGUGGACACCACUGAUGUGGCCGUCAGACAGGAUUCUCGUUGAACUUGGGAAAGACACUACAAGCAGCAGAGAGAAUGAGAUCUACUUUGAUGGCUGGGAUGGUCUCGGGGCAUCUGCCGUCCUGCAAUCCGUAGCCAAACGCCUUGGAGCGUCAAAUGAGCAGUCAAUGAGGCCUGCAGAGCUGCAAUUUGAGAAAAUCAUCCACAUUGACUGCUCAAAGUGGGAGAGCAGAAGAGCAAUGCAGAGGGAAAUAGCAGAGCAGCUGAACCUUCCCAAUUGGGUGAUGGAGAUGUUGGACAAACAAGAUGAGGAGGAUGAUUUCAAUGGGUUAGACCAGGGCUCCCGAACUGAGAUAGCACAAGUUGUCAGAGAGAUCUAUCAAACCACACAGAAUCACAGAUUCUUGGUAAUCCUGCACAAUGGAAGCAGUGAGGAGAUUGAUAUAUUCGAUUUUGGUCUUUCUCUAGAUCGAUAUGCCAAUAGCAAGAUUCUGUGGACUUUCCAAGGGAGGUUCCGGAUUGCUCCCAAGAUGACAGACAGUGUGAAGAAGAGCAGAACAACAGAUGUUAUUCUUUCAGCUUCAAGUGGUGAGCGAGAUCCACGUGAGCAUUGGUUCUAUUUAGUGCGUGAGGAGGCUGCACAAGUUGCCUUCAAUAAGCAUGGUCACUGCAUCAUCGAUCCAGGGAUUGCUACUAACUGUGUUUUGUAUGCACUUAUACUAUCCUGGUUUGGCCUUCGCAUCAAUGACUAUGACUGGGCUAACCACAGCAGUAACUAUUGGGUAUGUGAUGGUGUCAUUGCACUGACAGACAUUGAUAAAGCAUGGCAAGUUGGCAACGUUUUGCAGCAUGAGGUGCCAUUGUUGCACAUUAACACCCGACUCAACAAGGAUGAAUCAGCAGUAAUGGCUUCCUACCACCCAGCAAGGUCGGCUGAGCUCAUGCCGUAUUGGACUACCACAACAACUUCGACUUUUGGAUUUGUAGUGAGCCCAUGUGGUGUUAUCCCCAAUAACACGUUUCGGCACUCACACAGGCUCGGCGUGCUCAAGCUCUCAAGGUGUGCCUUCAGUUUCUCAUCGCCUCCAUUCCUCUAUUGCCAAGGCCUGAGAUUCCUAUGGCUUGACCACUGCCAAGACCUCCCAACGAGAAGCACCACAGAUCAUCACCAUACCGAGGCAGACAAGGAAGAUGAGUUGGACAGCAACACCACAUCAUUAUGGGAAUGCUUCAGAAGCUUGUGGGUGCUUGACCUGCGCUGCACAGAUUGUGAUUGGAUCUUGUCUGCACGGAUGAUGGAUCUCAUGACCCAGCUCAGGGAGCUAAAUGUGAUGGGUGCUGAAAACUUGGACAUGAGCCAUUUGCGAGGACGAAUGCGUAACAUUCGCAAGCUCCGGGUAACAAAGUCCACCUGCUUCUUCAGCAACCACGUGUUCUCAGAAAUGGAAAGCAUGGAGCUUCUAGUAUUUUCAGGAAAUUACCUCGAACAACACAUGCUAAGCUUAUCUGUGUCAGCCAGCAACAGUCGACUUAAAGCUGUCAUUGUUGAUGGAUGUGAUGGGUUAAAAGUUGUCACUUUUAGGGGCUGCAAAGAAUUGGAGAAUCUAUUCAUCAAAGGAUAGUUGUCACUUUUAGGGGCUGCCUAGCUGGACCUCUCAGGCACAAGAGUGAAAACCCUCAACCUGACAGGAGUGGAAGCCAGAUCACUCCCCAAGCAGAUCAUUCUGCUAGGCUGCGAGAAGCUCCGUGCAAUGUUGUGGCCACUGAGUGUGACAAAGGAAGAGUUGCCGAAAGUGUUACACAUUGACACAACAUCUUCAUUAGCAACAGCUUACGGAGGGGAGGUACCAGUUGUGCAUCCACAUACUGAUCUAUCCUUCCACCGGGAGAAAGGAGAAAUGUUUCUUUUGAAGCACCAGAAAGAAGAAAUGUUCAAGGGUGGAUGGUGGAUUUGUCUCACAGAUGCAAGGCUCCUUAGGUCCCUCUCACCUGUAGAAAGUUUUUUAGAAGCCUCAGUCAUACAUAUUGAUAUCUGUACUGCACCUGAUGUUGGCGGCAGCAACAUCCAGAGAACAAGGAGUGACAAACUAGAGCAAGUCCAACAGCAUAUAAGUACCUUAAUGCACUCGAAGUACAGAGAUGCCUUCAGGGAUGCCCCAGUUGCAGCAGUGAUGAUGCGGGACUGCCCCGUGCUAGAGAAAUGGUGGCAUGCCAACUAUACAUGUUUAAUAAAGGUGAUGAUGCCCGGCCAGGGCAACAGACUCUUGGAGGAUGCUGGAGGUGCUAGUACCAGUGCUUUAUUAUUGCCUAAGUUUAUGUGUGACUUGGUUACAUCGCCGCACGUGUAUGAUAACUUGUCCAUCACUAAUAUCCCUGGACCUCCGCAUGGAUCAGGAUGGGAUAGACUAAGAUGGUGCCGCGUGGAGAGAUGCCCCAGGUUACACACAGUCUUCACUGUUCCCUAUGGCACUAGUCUGCACAGCUUCGUUUGGCUGCAGACAUUAUGGGCAUCCAAGCUCCUCUCUGCACUAUAAAUCAUGGACAAACCAGUUGAAAAAUGUGCCUUCAUUAACCUGCUGUUAUUGCACCUAGACCACUGCCCCAGGCUCGUACAUGUGCUGCCCUUGUCCAUGUGGGACAAAUACACAUUGCAGCGGCUAGGGACCAUCGAGAUAGUGCACUGCGGUGACGUCAGGGAGGUAUUCCCUUUGAGCCCUGAGCUUCAAGAGCAGGAUAAAAUUCUAGAAUUCCUGAAUCUAAGGCGCAUCCACCUGCACGAGCUCCCCAAGCUACAGCGCAUCUGUGGGCGUAGGAUGUUCAUGCCAAAACUCGAGACCAUCAAGCUCAGGGGCUGCUGGAGCCUUAGGCGUCUUCCUGCUGUCGGACGCAACACCAAGCCACCGAAGGUUGACUGCGAGAAGGAAUGGUGGGACAACCUGGAGUGGGACGGGUUGGAGAAGGGCCACGACCCUUCCCUCUACGAGCCAAGCCACUCGUUGUACAACAAGGCCCAACUGCCCCGAGGCACUGUACUCAGGUAAUCCAUCACUUCCGUGGAUUGAUCAUGGGCUUCUUGCAAAGCAAUAUGCAUGAUCCUGAGGCAUGGAGUGAUGCUUGCCCUGCUUCCCAUUUGAUUGGUUUGUGUUGUUCUCUCUGCAUAACAUAUGCUUUGCCUUGGUUCGGCGGUGCGGCUUCCAGUUUAUUUUGAUUGGUUUGGAUUUGAUUUGGUUUGGUGUGAUCAACCUAAGCUCGAGCUCCUGAGCAAUUGAGGAAUAAAGCAGAGUGGGCGUUCAGCUUCUGCAGCUUGAGCCUCUGAGUGCUCAUGUUGUUGCGUGCUCAUUCUGUGUGUGUGGUAGUGCUUGUCACAGUAUGAAUUGUCAGGUAUGGACUUGUUGUAAUUUGUAAGCGUAAACGAUGAUGGUGAUGAUUUGUGUGU